CCUCUCUUCUCCUCACCGUCGCGCCGUGAAGUGGAUGUUUUGGUGAAAAAAUACGGUGUCGAAAAGGGACCUAAACACAUUCAGAACAUGACAUUUCGACCGAGUGGGACCUAAAGCGGCGCAGCGGAGGGAAGAGGGCCCGUCUGCGGCGGAGAUUUCGGUGUAUCUGUGUAUCGUAUUCUUCCGCAUGUCCGCUUUCUUCGUAGAUGGUCUCCGGCGAGCGUUGUCUAACAGCGGACGACGAGUUCUCGACGAGUAAUAUGAAGGAGAUGAUCGGGGGUUGCUGUGUUUGCUCAGACGAGAGAGGCUGGGCGGAAAACCCGCUAGUCUACUGCGACGGACACGGUUGCAACGUCGCCGUGCAUCAAGCCUGCUAUGGCAUCGUGCAGGUGCCCACUGGUCCUUGGUUCUGCAGAAAGUGUGAAUCUCAGGAGAGAGCAGCCCGCGUGAUUCUUGGAGGGACUUCAAAACAACAACAUGCCCCCAUUUCACACCCGCUGCCUCCCCUCCAUCCCGCCCUCUGCCGUCCUCCCCCUGCCCCGCUCACCAGGUCAAAGGCAGGCUGGGCCCAUGUAGUUUGUGCCCUUUACAUACCCGAGGUAGAAUUCGCCAACGUGUCAACUAUGGAGCCUAUAGUACUCCAGUCUGUGCCACAUGAGCGCUACAACAAGACGUGUUAUAUCUGUGAGGACCAGGGCAGAGAAAGUAAAGCAGCUACUGGAGCCUGUAUGACCUGCAACAAACAUGGCUGCAGGCAGGCCUUCCAUGUCACAUGUGCCCAGUUUGCGGGGUUGUUAUGUGAGGAACAAGGGUCGGACGCAGACAAUGUCAAGUACUGUGGAUAUUGCAAAUACCACCACAGCAAAUUGCGAAGGAGCAGGGGCCGUGGUAGUAGGUCUCAAAGCUUAAGUGACUCUUCCACUCAGUGUAUGGAUAGACCCCCAGACGAGGACAAGAAGAAACACAAGGAGCGGGACAGACAUAAACCGAAACACAAGAAGACCAUGGACAUGUCACCCUCCCUCGUCCUUCCAAACAUCAUGGUCCCAGACAAGACCUACAACAGCAGCAGCUCAGGGGGAGGCGUCACCUCUCUCUCAGCACCCUCACAGAAGAGACUGGACGACGGCACCGCCCGUUUCACCACCGCCAACUUUCAAGAAGUGUCAGCCGUUCACUCCGGCGGCGGGUCCAAAGAUGGCAUGGCUGCAGAUGCUGGGAAAGCGGUGUCUGAGGUGAAGAACAAGAAGAACAGCGGUGGAAGUCACGCGGUGGGACAGAGGGGCGGCCGCAAGUCUCUCACCUCCUCAGGGAAACCCCUCCCCUCCGCCGUGGUCACCAUGGCAACAUCCUCCACAUCUGCCUCUGCUUCCACAGGGCCUUUCCACCAAGGCCUCCUGUUGACCAGUGCCAGCAAGACUCCUUCUGCUCCUUCCUCCUCUGACUUCCUAAGCUUCUCAGAUUCAUCGUUGCGUCCCGGGGGUGGGACUACUUUCUCCUCCCCACCAUCUUUCAGCAGCUGCCUUGUGAAGCCGAGCUCGGAGGGCGGAGCUUCAGAGGGAACUACGACACUUUUCGGUUCUCUGAUGUCCGCCACUACAGCGUCUGCAGUGGGCGGGAAGCUGUAUGAGAAUUCCCAUAGUCACACAGCUACUGAGGCGACAAGUCUCGGUGGGUCCACUGGCUACAAACGGCCCCAACCCUCUAACUCAGGCCCGGGGAUCGGAGGAGCAGCGGCAGGAGGAGGGGAAGAUGGGGUGAAGAAGAAAAAGAAGGGCAACUGGCGAAACAGAUUUGGACCUUGCUUCACCACGGAUGUGAAGCCUUCGGAGCCAGCUCCCUCCCUGACUCUCCCCACCUCCUCCACAGCCAACACCGCCUCUUCCACCGCCUCCCCGUCCUCCUCUUCAUCCUCAGCGCUCUCAGGCCGGCCGGGCUUAGUUUCCAGCAGUGGAUUAGGAGUGGGAGUGGGGGGAGGGGGAGGAGGAGGAGGAGGAGGAGAGAGGGGGCUUGGGGUCAUGGGUGUCAGUGGUGGGAUUCAGAAGUCCCCGUCACUCCUCAGGAAUGGGAAUCUGCAAAGCAACAGCGGCUCCACGACCACUGGGCCAGGUGUUUUCUCUGGUGCGGAUGGGUCAUCGUCGAGCACGGGAUCUGUCGCCGUAGUCAGCUCUGAUUUGUCCCAGCAGCAGCCCACGCCUUCUCUGGCCCCUCCCUCUCCAUUCACUGCCACCGCACCACUAACCAGCACAGCCUCCACACACGUGAGCGGUCUGCCAGGGUCAGUCUUCAACCUCGCUCCCUCCCACAUGUUUGGAAACCGGCUGAACCCCAACUCGGCCAUGGCGGCACUCAUCGCCCAGUCUGAGGCCUCACCAGCAGAUCAGGAGGUGGGAGACGGCAGCAGCGGCGUCGGAGCUCAGGGCUUCUCCAUAAGAGCUUCUCCCAAGACCACCCCGCGUCACUAUGUUGCAUGGUUUUGCCGUAAGGAAGGAGUGGCCUUUUCAGAAAUGGUGGGCAUGUUGAAGUCCCUCCACCAGCUGCAGGAGGAGAACCGGAGGCUGGAGGAGCAGAUUAAAACUCUGACGAUGAAGAAAGAGAGAUUGCAGCUUCUCAGCGCUCAGCUAUCAGUGCCUUUCACCCCCACCACGGCCUCCUCUGAUGUGAAAGGAGCUCACCUGGGAGCCACUGACUCAUCUUUACCCGUGGCAGCUCAGGACAGUGCGUCAUGUGGAGGCCACCAGCAGUAAGUGGCUCCACUCCUCCCUCUCCUCCCUCCUCCCGUCUCCAGAGCCGCCCCAGCCGCAGCUGAACGGCGUCGCUGCUGUCGGAACGCCUCAGCGGGCUGGGGGUGGCCGGGGCUGAUGGGGGCCUGGGGUGCAGGGACGCGCGGCGCUGCGCGGCUCUGGCCUGAUGUCUGGCAGCAGGACUCCUCAUGCAGCAUCAUCAGCUCCAGCCAGCUUGCUGUCCCUCGCAGCCUUUCAGCGGUUUCCUCUUGCUCGCUCCUUAUUUCCUCCUCUCUCCCCCUCCUGUUCUCAUCUUUGCUCCUCCCUCCAUCCCUCCCUCCUUCUCUCCCCCAGGAGCAUCAGCAGGUGUUGCUCUACCAACUAUUGCAGCAGCAGCAGGACCUCCAGCAGCUGCAGUCUCUCUCCUCCUCUGCCCAGAUUCCCUCCAUCCCUCUCUCCUCUGCUCAGCUGCCCAUCAGCAACCUGCUGCCCGGCGCCCAGAGCCAGGGCCAAGGCGCCAUCACCGCCAACCCCUUCCUGGCGCUGCAGCACGCACACGCUGACACGCACGCCUCGGGGGCACAGAAGCCGCGGCUAGCUGAGAAGGCCGUGGGCGUCGCAGGGCAGGAGAAGACAUGACGGCAGAUGCUCUUUUUCCUUUUUGGUUGUUUUCUUUUUUCAAUAAAUAUGCAGAGUUUUCGGGAGAUCAGCCUGUUGGUCAACUUUGUAGUUCAGUGCUGAGAACAUUGGCAGCAGAGGAAUCUGUGUCCCGUGGUAGAUUAUUCUUUCCAGUUGUGAUAGCAUUCAUUUGCUGUCACUAGCUCACUCUAGCUGAUCUUUUCAGGUUUAUUUUUGCAACUUUUUCAGGUGACAGUCUUAACACAGCAUUUUGUUUUUUGUUCUAUUUAUUUCCAUCCAUUUUUUUUUUUUUUUUACUUUUUAUCUUUAGUGCUGCUUGAGGUUUUUAUUUUAUCACUGUUGUGAUAAUGAUUUUCAUUUGAUAUCACUGGAGGCAACUUAGUGCGUUAGUGUCAGUAAGUGAGCACAUGCUGUGUCUGUUCUCUUCUCUCAACAGGCAAGUUGACUAACAGGUCAGCUUUUCCUUUAAUUAGUUUUUCUUGAUAUUUUCUUCUGUAAUCUCUUCAUUCUGCGUCGUCUUCACGUUUCUUCUUUCUCUUGUCACUGUCAUGUUUUUGCAUCAUUUCAUCUCUUUUCCUUUGUCUACAUCCUUUCUCUCACAGCUUCAAAUCCUCCACACUCGCACCCCUCUCGGUCUGGUCUCUCUGCUGUCUCACUCUCUCAGGGGCCUCAGCUAUCAGAGUUGUGCACUCAAGCUAGCGCACACACACAGAACUUUAAGUGUAAAAAGAAAAAUAGCAGAAAUACAUGAAUAUAAAAAAGAAACUACAACUCCCUACCACAGGACUUAACAGUAGCAGAUGUAUGUUUGACAUCUGUCUCGCAGCGGUCCCGAGGGGAAUACUGGGUGAGAGGCUUGUGAAAAUAUCCCACAUGUUCUCACUGUUGCCUCUCUUCCCGUGUCUCUUUCACUCCGUUUGUGUAGAUCCAUUAAUGUCAGUGAGCCAAGCCUCGUACAGUCACCGCAGAAGCCUUGCUUUUGACUGUCUCUUCUCUGGGCCAGAUACAGGGGGCUCACUCAGGGAAGUGAAAUGUAAAAAAGGGAAAUAAAUAUAUAAAAAACAGCAAGUUAAAUGCUCAGAGGGAUACAUCAGUCCACAUGGCACACACUCACAAAGAAAAAUGAUUCAAUGGGUUGUCAGCGCGUGGAAGUCAUUACAUUUCAUCUUCUUGAUUGAGCCCCCCGCUGCACCUACCUCUCGAGCAGGACCAGCCUAUCAGGACCUAAAAGGCCGACAGCAGCGGCCGCUAAAAACCCACAACAGUCAGGACUGGCCAAUCAGGGUCCAAACCCAAGUGCCUGAGGCCAACAAGGGGGGAGGCGGGAUUUAUAUUCCUUUUACCUGUGUCCCCGUCAUUGAACAACGCUACUGGUAAUUAAGCUGCGUUGCGUAGGCAACAGAUUACAAAAAAGAUUUUUUAAAGUCAGGCUGGACGUGCCGUCUCUUUAAUAAAACCAGGAAAUAUUAUUCUGCUGCAUUCUCUAAUAUCAAAGCCAACUUUGUAUUGUGCUUUUUAUUUAUUUGGAGUUUGUUUGUGUAACGGGCAAAAGAUGAUAUAUUUUAAAAGCCUGCUGGUGUUGCAAUUUAACAUCAUUUUGUACUACUGUGUAAAGUUUUGUUUGUUUUUUUUGUUUUUCUUUCUUCAUACAGUUGAAUCAUGCUGUAAACCCUUUUAAUGACUUCUAUUCUGUGUUGUGUUUGAAAGCUAGAAGCUACUUGAUAGUUGGCUGAUUGGGGGGGUGUGGUUGUAUAUAGUUUGUAGGGGGGAGGAAGUGUGUCAGGGGGGUGUUCAGUGGCACAGUUUUUACCUCGUUAAGUGUACAUAGACCUUUCUCAUUGGCCGUUGGUGUACAUAAGUGAUUGUGAUUGGCCGUGCUGGUGUGAAGGAAAGCCAAUGAAGCCUCAGUUUGUGUGUGUGAAUCUUUAGGACCAGACAAAAAGGUUGACAGUGACUGGACACACAAAGUAUUAAUUUAUUUUUAUAUGUUCAGGGACAUUGUGUUUCUUUUUUAAGUUUUGCACCAUUUUCUUGAUGAGAAGUCAUUUUAUACUUGGGGCACCGUGUUUUCAUCUGUGCACACAUUUCUUUGGAUCAGUUUUGUACAAGUGAAAAAAUAACAAGGGGGCAGGGGAUUUGACAUUGUAUUUCAAAACACCAAAAUAAAGAAACACUAUGGAUAAAGUAA